CUGCGUGAAGACACAAUAACCCACACUCGCCUCCUGAGCCCAGCUCCGUUCCUGUGCAAACCUUCUGUGUUACUCUGAAUCAAACCUUCAUUUGGUGAGGAAAUCCAAUUGGGUGUGUCUCUAAUAUUUCCAAGAAGAGCUUGGGAUCACACCUUAUCUGCAAACGCCGUGUCCGUGGUCCAGUGGAGUGGGAAUGGUGCGGAACGUGGAUGACCUGGAUUUCUGCCUGGCCUCGCACCCGCAGAGCGUGUUGGAGGGGCUGCGGGCGCUGCGCUCCAAUCCCAAGCUCUCAGAUGUCACCCUCCUGGUGGGCGGCCGAGAGUUCCCGUGCCACCGCAGCGUGCUGGCCCUCUGCAGCGUCUACUUCCAUGCCAUGUUCAGCGGGGAGUUUGUCGAGAGCAUCUCAGCGAGAGUGGAGCUGAAGGAAUUGGAGCCUGCUGCCGUAGAGAGCCUGAUCGAAUUCGCCUACACAGGCAAGUUGACCAUCAACCAGCAGAACGUGGAAUCCCUGACCCAGACCGCCAACCUGCUGCAGUUCAGCAGUGUCCAGAAAGUGUGCAGCCGCUAUCUCCAGCACCAGAUCGACCCUACCAACUGCCUGGGAAUCUAUGAGCUCGGUGAGCUGUAUGGCUGUCCGGAGGUCAUUGCCAAAGCCCGCUCCUUCCUCCUGGAAAACUUUGAGGCAGUGUCCCAAAGUGAGGAGUUCCUCCUGCUGGGCAGCGAGAGGCUGCUGGGCUACCUCGGUGCAGAGUUGCUACAGAUCCAAGAGGAGCAGUCCCUGGUGCAGGCUCUCCUCCGCUGGAUCCGACACGACGAGGCGCAGAGGAGUCGCCUGCUUCCCGAACUCUUCGAGCUGGUCCACCUGCCCCUGCUCUCCGUGGAAUAUCUGAGAGACCAGCUUCUGCCUGACAAGCUCAUCCAGGAGUGCGAGCCCUGCAGGAGGCAGAUAGAGGGCUUUCGCAGCAAGACUGAAAAAGAGGGAUCUGCUUGGCAAAGACAUGACCCUGGCCUCAAAAAGCUGCAGGAGGUCCUGGUGGUGGUUGGAGGACGGGCAAUGGAUGAUUUUGAUGAUGAAGAUGAAGAUAACCAGAUGCUGUCACAAAAUUGUGCUUUUUACAACAUCAGGAUGAAGCGCUGGUCUGUCCUUCCUGACUUCCCGGAUCACUACAAAUGGGGAUUCUCCGUCACAGCCUUGAACAAUGACAUCUACGUUACUGGAGGUUCCAGAGGCAGCAAGACUGACACAUGGUCAACAACCCAAGCUUGGAAAUUUCAUUCCAAAGAAGGCAGCUGGAAACCCAUUGCUCCAAUGUUGAAGUCCAGAACCAACCACGGCACAGCAGCUUUAAAUGGAGAACUCUAUGCUGUUGGAGGUACGACACUAGAUGUGGUGGAAGUGGAACGAUAUGACCCGUACAAUGAUAGCUGGGCCCUGAUUGACCCCAUGGUGAAGUAUGUCACUAACUUCACUGUCACAGGCUGCAUGGGAAAACUCUAUGUGAUUGGUUCAUGCGCAGCCAAGUACAAUGUUCUCACCCUGCAGUGUUAUAAUCCUGUCACAGAUAACUGGAGUGUUGUUGCCUCUCCAUUCAUUCCCAAGUACCUCUCGGCUCCCCGGUGUGUCGCUGUAGAUGCUAUGGUUUAUUUAAUCGGAGACAACACGAAGAAAGUCUAUGCAUACGAUUCCGAGGCCAACAUGUGGCAGAAGGUCCAGUUGCUCCAUAAGCUCCAUGAGAAUGGCGGCAUGGUGGUUGUUGCUGGUAAGAUUUAUGUUACUGGCGGUCACUGGAAGGGGAUGGAAGGAGACUACAGUGUGGAAUUAGAGGUGUACGAUUGUGCCAAGGACAUGUGGACUGUCGAGGGCUCCCUGCCGCGUCCCUGGCUUUAUCACGGGUCUUGUUCCAUUUUUGUUGACACAUCAAGAUGGACUGAAGUAUUUCCGGACAUCAACACCUAGAGAAACCCACUUGUAACUCUUCUUUGUCCAUGCACCCAACUGAGGAGACUGCCUGCACAACACAGCACAGCUCACACAAUGACCAGUUAGUGGAAAAAAGGGGAAUAUAACCCGCCGUCCAAAAUGGGCUGCACUUGCUCUUUAUUAGCAGCUUCACCUCCGAUAGUCUGAGAGGUUUGUUUUCUAGAAAGCCUCCCCUGGAGGCCAGGUAUUCAAUGAAGCAAAUGGACUGCGUUGCAGGAUCAAGCUCAAAACUCAAAAUGUCUGGCAUCCAACAUGAUCAAGCUUAUUCACAAGUUGUACUUAUUGGAUUGGGUGUCAGCAUUCAGUUAUGGCAUGUGAAAGAAAUCAAUUAUUCAAUAUAAGUGGUCCGUUGGCAACCCACAAACAAUGAUGUAAUCUGACAAUGGGCUCCAGACCAGGCUCUUGACAUUUAUUUUGAGCUGUCAUUCAGUGACAUCACACCUCUUCAGAUCAGAUUAGUGCAGAUGACAUCAAAAAUACUCAUUACCACAAUCACCUUAACCUUGAAGAGUGAAGCUGAGCAAAUAAUUGGUAGCAAUAUUCUUUUUGAUAAUAUGCACAUUAUGUUAUUUUAUCUGCAGUAAUAUAACCUUAUCCGCUUAGUGCCAACACGUGAAACUGUAAGGACCCUCCCAGUCACUUUAACAGCUGUUCUAGUUCAAGGAUCUACCUAGAAAUGGAAAUGACCUUCAAAGCCCAUCAUAAAAUAAUGGAAAACAAAACAGUGGGUGAACAUUGCGUGGAGUGAUGAGCUUUGCCUCCAGUAUAGUAUCUUAAUCUGAUGUGGCCAGGUUUAUAUUAUCCCUCAUACCAUAUUGAGCAGGUAUUGAAGGAUCCAAUAAAUAUAGAUUAUUACAGCUGGCUAUUAUAUGCAAACUCUACAUUCACAGAUGUGGAAGUGCCAGUGUUAGAUUGGGAUGGAGAAAAUCAGAAGUCACAGGACA